AUUCUCAUUAAUGCUACAGGCCCUCCCUCUUUAGUGUCGCCACUGAUUGGGCAAAGCGUUGACACUGACGGUGACUUCACAAAAGCAGAAUGCGAGCCCGAAGAUAAAAAACAAGCCAUGCGUAUCGACGUGACAGUGCACCGCUUCCCCACUUGGCUGCGUUUGCUUGCACCUGUUCUGUAGCAAGUGACAACUCCGCGUCUUUGCAGUCUCUGGCAAUUGUCUGUGAAGGACACACAAGGCGAAGAGAAUGCCACGAGGUUUUCUUGUGAAAAGGAGUAAACGGGGCUCUCCAGCAUCUUACAGAGCGCGCCAAGAGGCCAGCGAGCUUUCCAAAGCGCACCUUCCGGCGCACAUCCCAGAUGGUCCGACAAGCGUCUUAGUGACGCACUCAAGUGCACUGCAAACUGAAGAUCUUCGAGAAACUUGGACAAGCGUGCCGACUGAAACAGAGCAAGCCCAACUGCCCGAAAGUCCAAGAAAUGCAGAACUUGCAACGGCCAUCACAGACCUGUCACCGCAACACAGAUGCGAUGCAGAGCCCAGCGGAUCGCCCGGUCGGGCUGAUGCUGUGUACAGUCCGAUUAAACCCGUCAGCACAGAGCUGAAGGAGUCGUUUUUUGACAGAUGUCUGAGCUCACCGGCCACAGCGGAGUCGUUCCCUUUGAGCACACCCGUAUCCUCCAUCGAGCGGCUGCUCAUGAACCACGGGGAUAUGAAAUUCGACACGCCGGUUCAACUGUACUCGUCAUUCCAUCAGAGUCUAAAGCGCUCCAGCGCUGACAGCGAGCGCAAAGCGAAGCCUCCAGCAAAGAAGCCCAAAGUUAUGAGGAAACUCAACUUCGAGGACGAGGUGACUACCUCGCCGGUGCUAGGACUAAAAAUUAAGAAAGAGUGUCCUGAAACUAAACCCACGUCCUCCACCGGGAGAAAGAAACCUUUGGGCGAGUUCAUCUGUCAACUCUGUAAAGAGGAGUACCAGGACCCGUUCUCACUCGCACAGCACAAAUGCUCAAGGAUCGUGCGCAUCGAGUACCGCUGUCCCGAGUGCGACAAAGUUUUCAGCUGUCCCGCAAACUUGGCCUCUCAUCGUAGGUGGCACAAGCCUCGCAAUGUGAACAACGGCGAAUCACAAGGCGGAAAGAAGCCAUCUAUGGAGGCCCAGGCCCUGGACAAGCUAUCCGCGGAGGGAAAAGAAAACGCGAGCAAGCUGCGGAUGAACAAUCAGCACCACAUCUCGCUGGAAAGCUCUCAGUGCCACAGGGCAGCUGACUAUGCGCACGGGCAAGAGAUGCGCAGAGCAGCGCCGGAGAGUCCACCGUCGCUGCAACAGCAGCAGUACAUGCCCACUGAGAAAUGCUUCGACCUGCAUAUCAGAACCGGCGACAACGACAGCUUGUUGCACUGCGCUGAUCCAUUGGACCCCACCGCUGUUUCGUGUCUGCCGUCUCCGGGUUGCGGAGAGGAGGUGUACGAGUGCUGCUACUGCGGUAAGAAGUUCCGAAGACAAGCAUACCUGAGAAAACACCUGGCGGCACAUGAGACAAUCAAGCCAUCGCCGUACAGCCAGUUCAUGAAUGAACAGAUCACUUUCCCCUGUCACCUCUGCGGGGCCCACUUCCCCUCUUUAGAGAUCCGGGACAAGCACAGACUGUGGCACGUCGUGAGGGAGGACCUAUUCCUGAACCCAGUGAAGAGCGCAAGUGCACUGGUUAGACCGGAGCUCACGCACGGCGAACAGCAGAUCUUCACGUGUAAACACUGUCCGUCCACAUUUUUCAGCUCCCCGGGACUGACAAGGCAUGUCAACAAGUCUCACCCCACGGAGAAUAGACAGGUCAUGCUCUUGCAAAUGGCUGUGAGGCCUGGCUGCUAACUAGCAGAUGAGGAGCGGGUGACAUCCAAAUUUCCAAAAGACAUCUCAUAUGGACACGAAAAAAAAAAAAUCUUCUUAAGUAAAUCAUGCAACAUUGUGAAUUGAACGUUUUCCAUGUCAAAGCAACAUAAUGAUAAGCGUUUUGAGCUUUGUUUUAUCCGACUCUUGUUCAUGCCACUAUGGUUUUGCACCGGCAUCAUACACAUCUGUCAAGUAAUUCUGUCAGGUUUUAGUGUUUGCGUAUACUGGACACUUACUGCGACAACUCAUUUUUGUGCAAAUAUCCUCAAGGGUGCUGGAAAACUAGACCCCAAGAAGUGGGCGAAUAUAACCAAGCAACUGUUUACAACCCAAUUAAGUUUUAGCAUGGGUGUACAAUUAAGUUUCAGUUACAUGUAACAAUUACAAGAAUAGACUAUUCUCCACUUAAACGUAGUUCCUAUGGAAAUUCAAUUUGUUGUUAAGUAGUCUAGCUGUUAUUUCUAAAUAAUCUAUCAAGACGUAUUUUCAUAUGCAUUACACUUGUGAAUGUGCAAAGCGGUGAUUGUGAUAAAAAUGUAUCAACAUCCAUAUGAUUAUUAGCCGAGAAAUGCCUACAUAAAUUAUCUUGGCCUAUAUGUAACAACAAAGUAUACUUUCUAUAUAUUUAUAUUUUCAUAUGUACUAGAAAGUAUUGCAUUACCAACUGUUGUGACAAACUGCAACGUAAAGUCAAUAAAACGUAGGACACACAAGAAGGCUUAAUCGAUCAGUAAUUUCUAUCGACCACCUGGCCUUGAACUUCCCAGCUCACUUCAGGAAAUCUGUCGCAAUGUUUGAAAAAUAAUCUGUAAAUAAAUUACACGGUAUCAUGCACAAGCCUAUAUUCAUAUUAAGCCCAACAUGCAAUUCGAAUUACUCUAAACACAAAACAGGAAAAA